AUGGCAAGAAAUAUUGCCAGUGGAAUGAGAAAAAUUCAUGAACAUCGAAUGAUUCAUCGAGAUAUUCGACCGGAUAAUGUUCUUGUUAAUGAAUAUUAUGUUGCCAAGAUUGGUGACAUGGGUAUCGCACGGUUCACCGAUCCUAUGAAUCAACAUACAAUCAUUGGAUGUCAAUCAUAUAUGCCACCGGAGUUUUACCGAGGUAGUUAUGAUCAAAAACUCGAUAUAUUCACAUUCGGAUUGACUCUAAACGAACUUUUCACAUCGAAACGACAUGUAUUUCAACCAUGGAGCGGUAAUAGGAUUGCCUUUGUUGAGCCAAGUGCUAUCUUUGCUGAUUUGAUCGCUCGAUGUACAGCAGAUGAUCCGAAACGACGCCCAACAGCCCUAGAAAUCGAAAAGACGCUGGAUUUAUACAGCACCGGCUUCAAUGAAAUGGUUCUCAGUAAACAUCCGAGCUACAUGACAUUAUCGACAGAGAGUAAAGAUAAAAUCUUUGUUGCAUUCUACGAAAAAUUUCAUCCAGCAGCAACCGAGUUCAUUCAAAAACGAUUCCCACCAGAAUUUCUCGACAAUCCACAAGAUGUACCAGGUGUCAAAGUCGACAAAGAUGCUGAAAAUAAAAUACGAAUAGCUUGUCCAGUCCAGUAA